CCAGCACGCCCCUCGCGCUCCGGCCGUCGAGUGCCAACGUGAGCCCGGUGGCGGUCCAGAUGGACGCCAUGGAGCAGUUCGUGAUGGAGCCGGCGGCGCAGGGCGUACACGUCAAGUGUCGGGUCACGCGGGACAAGCGCGGCAUGGACCGCGGCUUCUAUCCCACCUACUUCCUGCACAUGGAGAAAGAUGACGGCAAAAAGGUGUUUCUCUUAGCCGGCCGGAAACGCAAGAAAAGUACCACCAGUAACUACCUCAUCUCCACGGAUCCCACCGAUCUAUCCAGAGGAGCUGAAGCCUUCGUCGGCAAAGUGCGUUCGAACCUGGUGGGCACGCAGUUCACGGUGUACGACAGCGGCGUGUCGCCGCGCUGUCGCCACCUGGGCCGCAGCCCGUUCUCGACUCGCCAGGAGGUGGCUGCCAUCUGUUACGAGACGAACGUGAUGGGGUUUCGCGGCCCACGCAAGAUGACGGUGAUCGUGCCUGCUAUGACGGCUGACCACCGUCGGAUUCAGCUGCCCGCAAUCAGCGGGACCGGCACACUGCUCGCACCACCAUAA